UCGAGGCCUUUUGCCUGCAAAUAAUUUCGAUUAUCUGGCUGCAACACGAAAAAGCCAUCUUGACUUUGCACAGCAUGUUGCCUAUCCAUUUAAUCUUAAUGCCAACUAUUUGGAAAUUUUGCUGGAGGACGAUGCACACUUUGCAAAAAUUCUUGAUUAUAACUAUAGACAACUUGGUGGAAAUGAUUCUUUUGUGCCAGCACCUCCGAAUUUAAUGUCUUGCCGCUGCGGUAGAAUCAGUGAUGCCUGUAUCUGCUGCAUUGUUUUAUCUCCUAAUCCUCUUCCUAAUGCCGAUCUGCCAAAAUCGCUGCAUCUGCCCAUCAUUUUGCCUAGCUCUGGGGUCUAUCCAGAAUAUAUUGCAAAAUUUUGCUUCAUUUUUAAUUAUCUAUUGAACAAAGAGAAAAUACGGGUAUCUGGCCUCCUUGAAUCCGUGAAAAAGUCCGAUCCUGUCUUACCAGAUGUUAGUAAACAGAUCAGCAUGCAAUUAAAAAAAUCUCAGGACACUGAUAUAGGCUAUAAUCCGGAACUCACCGAACCCAUAUUGGAGCUUGAUUAUAACGCAAGUCGCAUUUUCAAGGAUUUAGAGCUUGAUCCUCAAUCCAAACCUGCCGUUUGCACUUCCAACUUAUCUCCUAAUGAGAGUGCUGUGCCUACUAAAACGACUCUGGUUUCGCUUUGUGUUCAAUUUUAUGAUGUCAAGUAUAGCAUAAGUGUAGACUCGCCUCAUAAAACUUCUCUUACCGUUUGCUCAAAACUGACCAUUGUUCUGAUGGAAUAUUAUGUUGUGGCUUUUUACAAUGUUGGCUGUUUUCAUAUGCAUCGUGGUGCAGAAGCUGACAUGGAUAAGGCUGUUCGUGUCAACGUAUCCCCACCCGGUGUUGAGCACAAUCCCACUUUUGAAACAUUUAAAAUGAAUUCCUCCAGCAAAUACGGCGUGGCUCAAGGGUUUGCAGCAGUUCCACAAACUGUGCUUGGUCAUGAGUCGCUGGAAGCUCCUAAUCUCGAGAAAUCUAGGGUAGCAUCAGCUGAUAACUCAUCACUAACUUCAAAUCAGAUAUUCAACGAAACGAGACCAUUUAUUGCCCACACACAUCCA